AUGUUGGUACAUUGUUGUUGUUUUGUAGUUAAUUCAGUACGAAUCCUCGGCUGGUCGUCUGCUGGACGCUUUAUCCCCGCUGUCUCUACUCACUCCUCCGCCUCCAUCGGAAACACGCUACUCCACUUUUUACCCAUCACAGUCCACAGAUAUCCGCGUACACAGAGUGUGUCUUCUGUGAGAUUCUGGCCUGUUGUUCGCAUGCAGGGAAUGACGACUCAUUUUAAGACGAGCAAAGCUUUAAGGGUCAAGAAGGAGUCGGGUGAGAAUGCCCCGGCGGUCAGCGACGAUGAGUUGGUGGCCAUGUCGGUGCGGGAACUCAACCAGCACCUGCGUGGGCUCACUAAGGAUGAUGUAGCAAAGUUAAAGCAGCGGCGAAGGACCCUGAAGAACCGGGGCUACGCCGCCAGCUGUCGCAUCAAACGUGUCACCCAGAAGGAGGAGCUGGAGAGACAGAAGAUAGAUCUUCAGCACGAGGUGAACAAGCUGGCCCGCGAGAACGCCAGCAUGAAGUUGGAGCUUGAUUCCCUGCGAGCCAAGUAUGAGGCCCUGCAGUGUUUUGCCCGAUCCGUGACCCGUGGGCCCCUCUCGCCGGGGAAGGUGGCAACCACCAGCGUCAUCACCAUCGUCAAGUCCGCCCACCACAACAACUCCACUCCGAAUCCGUACUCUACUGUGUCCUAGUGUUGACAGGACUGGGCUCUUCUCCUCCUGCCUGGUCCUUUCCGGUUCUGACCCGGCCUGAACCUACCCGCCCUGUACUGAGAGGACGCUCAGUAGUUAGACUUUGGGAUGGAAUGGGGUGGCAAGCUCGAUGUGAUGUUAUGCUGCAAUCACAACUCUGUCUCUCUCUUUAUGUCUCUUUUACACAUUGUCUGUGCACUGUGCAACCUCCCCCCCGAACCCCCAGCACCGGCAGGGCCCCUGUGACCCUUCCUCUAUGACUGUAAGCCGAGAUUUAGCUUUUUACUCCAGUGUGGACAAGUAUUUCACAUGCCUUAAUGUGGUGGCCCUGCUCUUAUACUAUUAAGCAUAACACUAGAAACAGUUUGUGUGACAGAAAAGCUAUUUGCCAACCCAAUGGCCAAAACAUAUUACCUUAAUGUGGAAGUGCCUCAAUGAAAAUUCAGCCUUUGAAGCCGUUUGCCUUUAAAUGGAUCCAUAACUGAUCCGAUAAAAUGACUAUAGAAUGCUUACAUGGAUUUUAACGCAAAAAGGAUUUUUCAAUUAAUGGCAGGCUAAACACUUUCUAUUUUGCCCAUGUCUAUAAUUCCUUAUACAAAAUAAUAAUGCGUUAUAAUAUGCUUAUAGCACUGUAUUAUUAUAGUUAAAAGCACUUAUUCAAAAUGCUUCAUGACUUCAUAAUUGCUGGUCACUCAUUAACUGGUUUUACAAAAACAUGUCUGUAAUGAAUUAUAAUAUUUGUAUCAUGCCUUGUGAUUAUUUUUCAUAUAGUAUAUGAUUAUAAUGCAUUAAUGCACUUCUAAUAGCCCAUAAACAUUGCCAGAAACAAGUCAUUGAGUGACUAGCAGUUAUUAAGUUAUAUGAUGCGUGACCUUCUAAGUCGUUAUAGCCAUAUGCAGUUUGAUAAAGGCCUCUACUCGUGAAGCGCUAUCGCUCAUAUUUCUGUCUUGGUGAUGCAAAGUUUUAUUUGGUGGUCUAUACCCUCUCUAGUAUGUGAGACGUCAGCAGUACACUCCAGUAAAGGCUUUCACACUUGUGCUGACGGUGGUCUAACUUUGGAGUUUUGAAGUAUCACUUUUCAUUUGUGUUUGAAGAGUUUGAAACUUUCAUAAGGCCAGAAUUUGUAUGUAAGCCUUUGCUGGAUGAUAUCGACUCCUUUUGUUAGAUAUUUUUUAUAAAGUCUUUCUGUUUCUCCUAUAGCCCACUGCAAAGAUAAAUAAAUCACAUCCACAGAGUGUCUACAUCAGGUAUACAAGCUUCUUAAGAGGCGAAUCUGAUGCACAAUACAUUUGCUGUCCUUGAAGCUCAUCAGUGGAACACUUGACGUGCUGGUAGUUUGGUUUAGAAAUGAUUUGAUUUGUAUGAGGGCCUGAGAAGAGGUGUACAUGGCUAUGUUGUUUGAGUUAAUCAUUUUAGGCAGGUGAUUCUGUUGGUAUAUUGUGACCAUACGACUGGAGAAUUUGCUCGAAUAUUUUAAAAUGAUAAAGAACUGAAUACUUAUUUUCCACAAAUUAUAUACAUUUAUGAUGAAACAGGUAGAUUUGGGACCAGAGCAUUUUGAAUUGGUACGCGAUUUGUUUGGAUUAUAAAUGUCAUCCAAUUUCCAUUAUUAUUUAGCACUUAAAACUGUUAAGAUGCAGUAUAAACAAACCAAAUCACAGGGCAACUGAUUCCUAGAGUUGGAGAUGAAAGAGAAAAGAUUGAGUUAGUUGGUUGGAGAUUAAAUGUGGUGUGACCACCUACUGCCAGUCAAGCCUUAUGUAACUAAGGGCUCUCUGAAAUGUAUGCCACAGCACUUACUGGGUGAUGAUUUGCCGCUUCCCUUUGGUCUGUAAUCCAUAUUAGAUAUAGUAAAAAUGAGAGUGGUCUCUUCAAGUGAAACGUAAUUCAAUUGACUUCCUUUGUGUAACUGACUACCAAAAGCUCCCUCUUCGUUGUCACUUUACAUCGAGAACUCCGUCCAAACAGAAACCAUUCCUACUGCUGGGUCACUGAGAAGUGCCACUGCUGGUGUCGGUAUCUCUGAAUCCUAGCUAUUAACCUUGCUUUUGACACACUCUUCUGCAAGAGAACUCCUGACGCCCGUCUCUAGAAACAGAGGUGUCAUGACAAAUAAAUGCAGUAACACCUUCCUUCUGUUGUGAUUUUGAAAAAUAUUUUAAUAUGAAAUUCACUUGAAAUAAAGCCGUCCUUACCGAGGAUCCAUUCCUAAGUUGGAGUGAAGUCCAUAGAGAUUGUUCACGUCAGGAUUUUCUCUUUGCUAAGAGGACAUGACCGUUUUUCCCUGUUCCAUAGCUGCAAAGAACAUAAAGGGGAACUUUGCUGCUGUACAACCUGCUGUGAUUUUGAAGCAGGGGCAAUGCUGUGUACUUACUAUUUUUGUAUUUUCACUUGAUUUCUAUGUUGAAACAUCCUAUGUUCUUUUUCUGAUACUUAGUUUUAUAUGCAUAUACAGUAUAUAAGAAAAUAUAUAUAUUACAUAUUUUUCUAUAUUUAUGUCUUUUACUAUCCUGGGAGUGGUGUGAUUAUGUAAUCAUUCUUAAGACGUCAGAUUAUCUUGAUGCUGACCGUUUUCGGCCACAUUUAUGAGAAAACUAUUUUAAUAAUGUAAAGUCUUCUUUGUGAGUUUUUAUACCACAUAAUUACGUCUUGUCAGCACAUUUUCUCACAUGUUUCAUUCUAAAUUGGGGAAAGAUCGUUACUAGGGUUACAUAUAGGCUGCUGCCUUUACCUUUCAAAUAUGUCCGAAUAUUGUUAUGGUCAAUGCAAAAUGUAAUGAAUUGCCAGGCCGGAAUUUUAGCGAAUCGAUUAUCUUAAACGUAGUACAGAAUUCAACACCCAUUGGUCUGAUGUGAUCAGAUAAAAAAAAGUGCUUAAUAAUAUUUAGGCUUUUCAGGCUCCAUUAGUUUAAUAUUAAAUGCUAACAAUUUAUUAUUUUUCAGUAUUAACCUGGAUGUAAACCUAGUCAGACGUUCUGGCCGCAAAGACGAUAAACUUUUCUAAAGAUGAUAUAUUUUGUUAAAAAUAAUGAUGGUAAGGAUUUUUUAGUCUUGACGAAACCUUACCUAAUAAAUUCCAAAGCUGCUAGAGACUGUUCACCCAGACUUUUCUAAGAAUAACGUUUGAGUUAAGGUUGCAUAAAUUUGCAAUUUUCAGCGUGUUAUCUUACAAGACUUACAGCUUUUUCCCAGUUUUUACAGUGAACUCUUGUGGUAGAGUAUUGAAACAAAAUGCUGUAAAAUGAAGCAUAGAUUAAUUUUAGCACAUAUUACUGUAUUUGGAUCUGAAGUAAAUGCUUUUAGGCAGCACACCCUAAAAAAAAAAUACUCAGAUACUCUUCGAAGCGAUGUUAUAUAUCUGUACCGUGCCAUAAUAAGACAAACCUCUAUCCGGGUGAAUCAAGUCCUUUAUGUUUAUCCUACAUCCAGUGUGACCCGGCAGAGUCACACUGCCGGCUCACACUUUUUGAGAGGUCCAUUCAACCUCUCUAAAUACACCUUUGGGUAUUUUACCACAAGAAAAUAUGUUCUAGAUAUAAUAAUUUACAUUUUCAAAAAGCCCCAUUAUUCCCUCUUGAAUUAAAGCAGACCUGCAAAUAAUUGUAGAAGUUUGGGGUGAAAAGAGGUAUAAGCGUUACCUAUUGUGGGUGUUUCUUUCUUCCUACCAUUGACGAGAUGGCAGCUUGUUAUACAGUACCUAGGAGCUGUAAAAGUAAAUAAAACUGUUUAAGAAAUUGUUGGUUAUUUUACAUUUUUAUAUGAACUAUAGUAAUGCAAAAUGUAUGUACGGAAAUUGGGUGUCUUGUAAAUCGUUAAUUGGUGUUCACGGUUUGAAAUGCAUUUCCAUGUAAACACAUGUCCUUGAUUACAUAAGCUGUCACACACAAGCUUUUGCCAGUCCUACAAGCUACAGUAUUUAAUUUCAGAGAUGUAGAAAGUCAGUUUUAGUAUUGUAGAUGGAAGAGAUUUUGAGUAUAAAUUCAGAAAAGGCUCAAGGAAUGGAUGGUAUAAGGAUGAUCGGGGACAAAUGGUAAAUGUUAAUUCAACGGCAGCAAUUCUAUGUUAGUUUUUUUUAACUUUUUAAUGGAUUUCCUUGUUCUAAUCUCAUAGCAUCAUGUUGAAGCUAAAACAAAGACAGUAAUAUAAAAAGGCAGCAUAAACUGAGUAUGUACCCAUCACACUUUUUCAUUAGUCUGCUCAUAUACAGUAUAUUUUAUAUUUAUUUCAUUGAAUUGUGUAAUUUUAUUAAAAAGAACACCUAAAUUAUUUUUAUUUUACAUUCAUUUAUUAACAUGUUUUUCUCAAUGAACUACCCUCAUGUACAAAUAAAGUCUGUAUUUGUUUCUGCUCUGA